AUGAAGGAUGUUGGUGGUCAGUGUGAAGGUGAAGCGUUGUCCACUGAUCUCCCUAUCGAAGCAGAUCGGAAAGCAAUCGCAGAAGGUGAGCGCCGUGUGGAGGAAAUUGAUAAACAGAUGGAAUCGCUGAAGUUCAAUGUGCAAGUGCUGCAGGUGAACAAGUGCAGUGCUUGUGAUACUGCACUUCAAUUACCGGCGGUGCACUUCCUUUGUCGGCACAGUUACCAUGUGCAUUGCUUUGAAUCUUACAGUGAUAAACCUGAUGUGUGCCCUGCUUGCGUGGGACCGAUGUCC